GCUCUUCUUGUUAGAGCAACAACAGAAUUACCAACUUCUACAAUGUCAUCCUUCUUUACUGCCCAAGAAAAUAUCAAACAAAAUGAAGUCUCCCCAAAAUCAUACAAGGAGCUCAUCUUGACCCUGUCCAAAACCGAAGCCUGAAAUCUUUCACACGACCUUUAUCAGUAUCAAGGCUUUUGGUACUACCCCAUGUUCUUGGAAGGUAUCAUGUCAGCUCAAGAUCAAUUCAAGAGCCAGCCUACGGAUAUUGUCCUCUGCAGCGCCCCACCCAAAACUGGCACCACAUGGCCCAAGGCUCUGACUUUUGCCACCGUCACAAGAAAUUCCUUUGACGAUUCCUCAAACCCUUUGCUCACCAAAUUAUCCCAUGAAUGUUUCCCUCUUCUGGGGCUAGAUCUUAACAAUACCUCCAGUACUCGGGACCCUGAUUUGCCCCUCUUGGCCACCCACAUGCCCUACAAUUCCUUGCCAAAAUCGAUACUUGAGUCUGGUUGUAAGAUUGUUUACAUCUGCAGGGACGCCAAGGAUGCGUUUGUUUCAAUGUACCACUUCAUUAGGAGAAAAUUAAUGCAGAGAAACCUCAACCCCUUGUCACUAGAGCAGGCAUUUGAGUUAGAAAAUGUAACUGUUUACGUGAAGAAAUUGGUGGAGUUCAUUGGCUAUCCUUUCUCCUUUGAGGAAGAGGAAACAGGGGUGGUGGAAAGAAUCGUAAAGAUGUGUAGCUUUGAGAAUCUGAGCAACCUGAAGGUGAAUAAGACCGGAAAGCAUCGGCUGGACACAUCAAUGCCGAUUUCAAAUAAUGUGUACUUCCGAAGGGCGAAGAUUGGAGAUUGGGAAAACUAUUUGACGCCGGAGAUGGUUGUGCGCUUUGAUGCUAAAACAGAGCAGAAGCUGCAGGGGGCUUGGCCUGACUCUGGUUGUUUGUAAGAGCUAAUCGUCGAGUGAUUUGCUUCGCGUUGUGGCCUUUUCAAGUUUUUGUUCUUAGGCUUCUAUGUUUGUGGAAAUUCUUUUCAGGAACUGUAUUUGUAGGUGCUGCUGUGGCAACGUAUCUCGUAUUGUUCGUUAAUGGCACCAUAUGUAUGGUCCAACCAAAUAAAAACGUUUCGACUAUCAUUUGCCUUCGUUAUCAUCAACUUAAUUUGGUUUCGUUGUGUCUAGUGAAAGGACUACUAUGUGUUUAGAGAAAUAAAAAAAAAACUCUGUU